AUGUCCUGCGCAUGGUUGGAUCUCGGGGGGAGUCGACAGGUGAGGACAGAGGGAAGGCAGGUUGGGGUAUCAGAGUUGUCGGAAGAGGAGGCGAGGUGGCAUGCACUGCAGUAUCGGUACAUUAUUGUGGAGUGGCUAUGGGUAGAAUGGAAGGGGAAGCGACGGGGUUCACAGGGAGAUUAUAAGGGUACGCAGCGGGGUAACGAUGUGAGUGUUGGGUCUGAGGAGGAGUGUGGGGUGUCGGAUAGUGUGGCUCUCUUGCCAUCGGGUGACCACUGGGGGGCGAAGGUUUGGAAGGAAUUUAAUAUUCCGGGUGUCGUGCUGUUGUUGAGUACGCAUACUUUGGAUACGCCAGAUAUCUGGAGUACUGUUCUUCGAACGACCGAGAAGCACGCCAUAGCCGCCUGGGGUCUUGAAUUUGUGGCGAGCUUCCUGGGCCGGGCCCUCGAGUUUAAUAAUCAUCAAACAUCCAAAGCGCGCGUCGACAGGGCGUGGUAUAUUUCGCUGGAACCAGAUAUGACUUGGGGUAUAGUUGCGUUCUUGAGUGACGAGAGUAUCGUUACGAAUCAUGUCGGCCCAGCGUUUCGCAUCGCUCCAGAGGUGGCGAGGUAUGCCGGUUUCCAGCAGGAGGGACCAGACCAAUUUGUUGUAUGUACUAUGGGCGCGUUCAACAGUGCCAUUGAGCUGGGGAGUAUAGGGCGGUGACAUCUGGACGAGGAUUUUAUCGAUGAGAUUUAGAGUGUAGUAGUAACCACAAAUGUCUUCAGGGAUGGGUC